ACUAUGUAUUUAUUGUCUUCUCUUUAUAUUCUGGGCUGGAUUUUAUACCAAGGGUCAUCAAGAAUUCUUAUAUUCAGACUUCUUCCCAAGAAUUAUAAUCUCCUUUCCCAGGAAAAUACGCAUUCUGCAAAGAUCCUCGCAUCUUCCUCUAAAAAGCAGAAAUGGGAGAAGAAGCCGUGACUUACUCUGAGGUGCGAGUUCAUUCUUCAUCUCAGGAGCAGAGGAGGGCACCUGACUACUCUGAAAACAAAGGGAUUGUGAAUUCUGAACAUCGAGGCUAUUCUGCCCCGCAGUCUUCAUGGAAGUUACUUUCAGCGGUUCUGGGGAUCAUCUGCUUGGGACUUCUUGUGUCUGUUGGAAUCUUAACUACAAAGAAAGCAGAGCCAUGGUCAGGAAAUCUCACCUCCAGUCAGGAAACAGACCAGAUGGAAUUGAUUUCAGGAAAUUCAGGGAUUCCCCCACUGCCAACAAAAGUUCAAGGUUGGAAAUGUCACCCUUGUGAGGACAACUGGCAUCAACAUGGGGAAAACUGCUACUCUUUUUCUCCACAACCAAAUUCUUGGAUAAAUUGUGAAGUUUACUGUACUACUCGGUCUUCAAGUUUUCUUAAACUAAAUACUGAAAAAGAAAUGGAUUUUGUACAAAAUUUUUCAAUGAAGCAAUGUCAUAUUGGGUCAGAAAAGUUUUGGAUCAGUUUAUAUUACAACAGCAGUGAACGGAAAUGGGCUUGGCAAGAUGGCUCAGCUUUUACCUUGGACAAGCUCCAGUUAACAAAACCUGACAUUGCCUCUAAUCAUUGCAUAUAUAUGAAAAAUGGUCAGUUAUUUGAUGGUAAUUGUAAAGACCCUAGUUAUUGUAUAUGUAAGAAGAGAACAUAUGGAGAUUAAAUCACUCAAAUG